AUGGUGCCGGUGCUGCUACAGGCUCCCGUUGCCCGAUACCGGCACGUCCACUUGGUAAGGUGCGCCGCCUUCGUCUGGCUUGAUCGUGGUGACGCGCUCGACCCUUGGGUGUUCGUCCUGAAGCCACCGUUGCCGGUCGGGCGCGGGCCCAUCCGCGGUGCCUGGAUCAGCCAUGGGAACCUCGUCCUCUACUCUCCCGGGACGCGCUCGUACCUGUACCGUCGAUUGUCGACCGCCAUCCGCGGCAGCUGCGCUGGCGCACGCAACGCCAUUCUUUCACAAGAGUUCGCGCUGCUCCGCUCCAUCGUGGCCCCGCGCGCGCCCAGCAGGCUGCUUGUGUUUGGCCUCUCGCCGCAGCUCCUCGCGCUCGCCGCGGUCAGCUCCGGGCAGGGCGCUGCCACCGCCUCCGUCACCGACAACGCCGAGGACGCGCGGGGCGUGCUCGUUGGGCGUGUCCCCAGCAGCUCGGCGGCCGUCCAUGUUUCAAGGUACCCCGACCCGGCCGGGGAGGCGUGGGCGGUGCUGCGGCGCGCGAGGUCGAGCCCGGUGUGCCGGCGCCCGACGGGGACGGUGCGCAAGUUGGGCUGCCGGCUGGUGCUGACCUCCUUGCCGCGGGAGGUGCUCGACGCGAGGUGGGACGUGGUCGUCGUCGACGGGCCGAGCGGGGCAGGUGAGGUCCCGGGGGGCCGGGGAGGAUGGGCGCCUUGUGUACACCACGGCCGCGCGCGUGACGGGGCCGAAGCGGUGGACGUGACGGUGCACGAGAUGAACCGGACGACGGGAAGAUCUGACGCCACCGCCAAUCUUCUCCACCCAGCGGCGCCAUGGCUGCCGACCGACGAGCGCCUCAUCGCGGCUGCUGGCCGACUCUUCCAUUUCCGGCUGGCCAUGAGCAUUGGAACUGAAGCUCCGGCUAUGGCUAUGUCUUCGUAG